AUGGCAGGCCGGUUUGUGCGAGCGUCGAAAUAUCGACAUGUCUUCGGCCAGACCAGCAAACGCGAGCAAUGCUACGACAACCUCCGCGUGUCGCGCAACGCCUGGGACACCAACCUGAUCAAAGCAAACCCGAAAUACCUCGCAGUCAACUGGGAGGCUGGCGGUGGUGGAGCUUUCGCCGUCAUCCCUCUCGAGGAGCGCGGGAAAUUGCCUGAUCAGCUGCCGCUCUUCCGCGGCCACACGGCGGUCGUCUUGGAUACAGACUGGAGCCCGUUCGAUGAUUCGCUGAUAGCGUCGGCGUCCGAUGAUGGAAAGGUCUUUCUGUGGCAGGUCCCGGAGGAUUUCGCGCUCCGGACAGAGGCGGAGGAGAUUGAAGAUGUUGCGCCGAUUGGAAAGUUGAGUGGACAUUCGAGAAAGGUGGGCCACGUGCUCUUCAACCCUGCAGCUGAAAACAUCCUCGCAUCAUCCUCGGGAGACUACACCAUUAAGAUCUGGGACCUUGAAGACGGCAAGCCAAAGCUUACUCUCAAGGGAAAUGACAUCUUUACUUCGCUUGCGUGGAGCGCCAAUGGUAGCACCCUGGUCACGACAUCUCGGGACAAGAAACUCCGCUUCUGGGAUGUUCGCCAGGAACGACCGGCAUACGAAGGACCAGGCCACGGAGGCGCCAAAAACAGCAGGGUAGCUUGGCUUGGUGAGCACGAUCGAGUUGUCACUACCGGCUUCUCCAAGAUGAGCGAGAGACAACUUGGAUUGUGGGAUUUCCGGGCACCGCAAGAACCGCUCGGCGGUUUCACUCCGCUGGAUUCCGGUUCCGGAGUCGUCAUGCCCUUCUGGGACGAUGGCUGCCAGAUGCUCUACCUUGCCGGCAAAGGCGAUGGCAACAUCCGCUACUACGAAUACGCACAUGACAAAUUCGAAUACCUCUCCGAGUACCGUUCUGCGCAGGCGCAGCGUGGUGUUGCCUUCUUGCCGAAACGCGGCGUCAACACCCAUGAGAACGAAGUGGUCCGAGCAUUCAAGACUGUCGAUGACUUGUACGUCGAGCCAAUCUCGUUCAUUGUCCCUCGUCGCGCGGAAACUUUCCAGGAGGACAUCUACCCGCCAACCAUCAGCACCAAGCCUGCCAUGACCAGCGCCGAAUGGUUCCAAGGCAAGACUGCAGUUCCCAUGAAACUCUCCAUGGCAGACGUCUACGACGGAAACGCGAAGCCCUCGCUCAUCGCUGCGGCCGACGUCCCUUCACCUUCAACACCAUCUGAACCCACUCCGUCGCCCGCCAAACCAGCUGCACGACCCACACCCGCCGAGGAACCUCGAUCUGCACCUGUCCGGGAAACUCCAAGCGUGAACUCCAACAAGCAAUCCAUAUCCGCCGCGGCCGACCGCUUCGCCGACCGAUCCGAGGACGCCGAGGGGUCCACCUCAAGCAAGAAAGACGACGACGACGCAGAAGAAUGGCAAACCAGCAGCGCCAACCGCUACGCUCCCACACGGCAGCCGCAGCAAUCACGACAGCCCGAACCCGCGCAACAAGAACGCGAAGCACCGUCCUCUUCCCCCCUGAAAGUCACCCCCGCCGCCAGCAUCAACACAUCGAAGCUCGACGCCGAGUCCGCCGCCACUCCCUCAGAAGACAAAGCAUCCCCCCCUACGGCCAGCGCCGCCGCAGGGGGUCUCCGCGACGUCCUCCACGACAUCCGAAGUCUGCUGCAGGGCCAGGGCAAACAGAUUGAGGAGUUGACGAGGGAAGUCGCGGCUUUGAAAGCCAAGGUUGGAGAGUAA